CCGCGUCGCCAGAGGCGGUCAAGAAGGCGACACCGCUGGAGGCGGUGAAGGGACGCGGCCCACCCACGCUGCGAGCCGAUAGGAUUCUCCCAGUGGAAAUCGUCCUGGCCCUUUACGGAUCUACUCCAUCUGACGUCAGGAGAGCAGGUGCUCUGAGUGUGAGAACAAAGCCCUUGAGCUGCGUUCUCAGAUUGUGAUCACAACCAGAAGACAUAUUUCUGCCAGCAGCGCUUGAAGCAAAGCCGAAUGCUGCUUUUGGGGAGGCAGGCACCUCUGCUGAGCUUUCAGACCAAGUCAUUGGGAGUUAGCGUCUUUCCCUCCCGGCAGCCAAGGCAGGAGUUGGCAAGAAUUUAUCUCGCUCAUCUCCCCUUACAGUCUUCUGCUGCCGCGGGACACGGGACUCCGGCACCAUGACUGACACCGUGGUCAGCAACAGCUCUGACCGCUGGAUGUACCCCAGUGACCGGCCCCUUCAAUCCAAGCUCCAGGCGGGCUGGUCCAUGCACCCCGGGGGCCAGCACGACAGGCAGAGGAAGCAGGAAGAGCUGACCGAUGAGGAGAAGGAAAUCAUCAACCGGGUGAUCGCGCGAGCGGAGAAAAUGGAGGAGAUGGAGCAGGAGCGGAUUGGGCGCUUAGUGGACCGCCUGGAGAACAUGAAGAAGAACAUGGCUGGAGAUGGGGUGAACCGCUGCAUUCUAUGUGGAGAACAGCUGGGGCUGCUGGGCUCUGCUUGUGUCGUCUGUGAGGACUGUAAGAAGAACGUCUGCACUAAAUGUGGAGUGGAAACCUCCAACAACCGUCCGCAUCCUGUGUGGCUCUGCAAAAUCUGUAUCGAGCAGAGAGAGGUCUGGAAGCGUUCUGGAGCAUGGUUCUUCAAAGGCUUCCCCAAGCAGGUCCUCCCACAGCCUAUGCCUAUAAAGAAGACCAAACCCCAGCAGCCUGAUCGUGAAUCUGCUGGCUCUGAACAGCCCGCCCCUGAACCCAGGCCCUCUGCGCGUGUUGCAGCUAGAGGCCCAGAUGUGGCCUCUGCUCCUGUGAGAGGAAGCUAUGGGCCUCCAGUGCGCAGGGCCUCCGAGGCACGAAUGGGCUCGUCUGGCCGAGACACGGAGGGCCCCGGGACUGCGGGAGAUGCCAGCUGCAGCCCAGCAGGUUUAAGACGUGCCAACUCAGUCCAGGCCUCCAGACCUGCCCCGGCCUCCGUGCAGAGCCCAGCGCCACUUCAGCUGGGGCAGACAGAGGUGACACCUGGUGACCUUGGCUCUGCAGGGGCUGCCGCCGCACCCAGGGAGGAGAGGACAGGAGGAGCUGGGGGCCUCUCAGCAGCUGGAGCCAGGGACGAGCGAGCGGCCCACCCACCGGGCCCCCAUCCCCAGGCCUCUGCCGCAGCCCCACAGCCUGCUGGGGCCCCUGCCCGCCAGCAACCGCCCCCGGAGGAAGAGGACGAGGAAGCCAACAGCUAUGAUUCGGACGAAGCAACCACCCUGGGUGCCCUGGAGUUCAGCUUACUGUAUGACCAGGACAACAGCUCCUUGCAAUGCACCAUCAUUAAAGCCAAGGGACUGAAGCCCAUGGAUUCCAACGGCUUGGCCGAUCCCUACGUGAAGCUGCAUCUCCUGCCGGGGGCCAGCAAGUCCAACAAACUGCGAACCAAAACCCUGCGCAACACGCGGAACCCUGUCUGGAAUGAGACGCUGGUCUACCAUGGCAUCACGGAUGAGGACAUGCAAAGGAAGACCCUCAGGAUCUCAGUCUGCGACGAGGACAAAUUUGGCCACAAUGAGUUCAUCGGUGAGACCAGAUUCUCCCUCAAGAAGCUGAAGCCCAACCAGAGGAAGAAUUUCAACAUCUGCUUGGAGCGGGUCAUCCCCAUGAAGCGUGCGGGGACCACUGGCUCGGCCCGCGGCAUGGCCCUGUAUGAGGAGGAGCAGGUGGAGCGUAUCGGGGACAUAGAGGAACGAGGCAAGAUCCUGGUGUCCCUUAUGUACAGCACUCAGCAGGGUGGCCUCAUCGUGGGCAUCAUACGCUGUGUGCACCUGGCGGCCAUGGACGCCAACGGCUACUCAGACCCAUUCGUCAAGCUCUGGCUAAAACCAGACAUGGGAAAGAGGGCCAAACACAAGACGCAGAUUAAAAAGAAAACCUUGAAUCCUGAAUUUAAUGAGGAGUUUUUUUAUGAUAUCAAACACAGCGACCUGGCAAAGAAAUCUCUGGACAUCUCAGUCUGGGACUACGACAUUGGCAAGUCCAACGACUAUAUCGGGGGCUGCCAGCUGGGGAUCUCGGCCAAGGGCGAGCGCUUGAAACACUGGUACGAGUGUCUGAAGAACAAGGACAAGAGAAUCGAGCGCUGGCACCAGUUGCAGAAUGAGAACCACGUGGCCAGCGACUAGAAACCAUGCCCCCAGCUGCCGCUUCGUUCCAGCCCCUUUUCUCUGUGCCUCUCCCGCCCUCACCCACUGCGUGCCCAGCUGCCCUCCACCUUGGGCUCCGCUGCCAAAGACCUGCUGCUCCGCCCCCCUCCUCCCCUGAUGCUGGCACCCAGGCUCGGCCUGCAGCGCCUCUCUGGUCCCUGGGACUGAGCUGCAGGGAUGGGGAAGAGAGAAGUCCGUGACUGCCAGUGUCCAUCCGUGUGUCAUGUCUGCUGAAGGCCCCAGGGGAGCACACGUCGGCCCCCACUGCACCCCCUGAAGCAUACCCCCAGGGCAGGGCCAGAGACCAAGGGCUCAGCAGCCUGCCCCUCCCAGGCCCUGGAGGAGCUGGUGACCCCCGCCCCCUCACUGGGGGGACAUCACCUGCCUCUUCUGCUGUCACCUUCUCCCACGGGCCGUCUGCUCCUGGGCGCCCUGAUGUGUCCCUUCUCCAUCAUCCACCCUUCCCCCCGCCUCCCUUCCCACCGGGAGUCCCAACAAUACCUGAAGAGGAGGGGGCGCCCGCCAUGGCCUGGACCCCACCCGACCUGUCUGAACCUCAAGCACCAAGCCUCCUAAGUCAGCACCCCUCCAGGGACAGGGCCAGAGGGCUACAAGGGAGCACCCCGGGGUCCUACAGAUGCCCCAUGGAGGGAAUUCCAUGCCACAGCCCCCCCAGAGUGUGGGGUAGGG